AUUGUGCCAGAAGAAAAUAUGAAGACUACAAAGGUAUCGCUCAGCAGAGUGAAUUAUCUUCGCAUUGAUAUUCACUUAUUUUGCGUCAGCUAAAUCUGAUCCUGAACUGAAUAGGGUAUUUGAAAAUCGAAUGAAAUAUGGGAUUUUGUACAAAACCUCAUAAGAACACUAGUCAUUGAGACCCUCCAAGGUGGUACGAUUGGCAAGUCAACAGUUGUCAUGCGAAGUGUAUAUAUGUUUCGGAUAUUAUUCAUCGGAAAUGCAAGGGCGGUAGUUAAAAUUCGACGAAAAGAAAACGACAUCGCUAAUAAUGAAAUAAAAGAUGAGAAAACAAAAACACCAAUAAUAAAAUGUAAAAAGCAGAUGUAUAAUUUUUACAAAGAUGAUACAUGUUCCAAAGAAAAACCGAUAUUGGCCAGUCAUGGCUGGAAAAACAGAAAGUCUAAAGGCGAUUACUUCUUUAUAUAUCCUCACAACAAUGAUGUUGCGGAAGCAAAUAAGGAAGUUGGUUCUGAAACAUUUCAGGAUCUUGAUGUAAAUGCUUCUUUAUGUAAUAAUUUAGAACAUUUAAAUAUAUACGAACCUUUAGAAAUCCAAAAGCUUGGAAUACCAAAAAUUCUUCAAGAAUGUAAUGUAUUAAUAGCAGCAGAAACAGGAUGUGGGAAAACAUUAGCUUAUCUUCUGCCAUUGAUAACUAAAACUUUGUUAUGGAAACAAGAAGAAGCAAAAAGAAAUAUAAAUACACCACUAGGAUUAAUCGUAACUCCUUCAAGAGAAUUAACAGUACAAAUCGGGUUGCAACUAAUUAAACUAUCUAAGCACCUUAAUAUUAAAACAAAGAUAGUCACUGGUGGGAGGACAAAAAGGAUGCUAUCGGAUCCUCCUGUGGGAAACAUUGAUAUUCUUGUUUGUAGUUUUGGAAUUAUUAGUAAAUUGACAACGUUUGGUGUAUAUGAUCUCGCAUUUGUAAGAUUUGUUGUGUUAGACGAAGCAGAUUCUUUGCUUCAUUCUUCCUUUGCGACAAAGCUGAAAGUAUUUCUGAAGAGAAUACCGAUUGGAUAUCAUCAUUACAAUACAACUGAGAAUGAAUUUCCUAAUACAGCCCAACUUAUUUUAGUCUCUGCAUCAAUUCCGUCAGGUCUUAAAACUGUGCUGAGCGACAUCAUAAAUAUAAAUUCUUUGGAACAUGUAACAACGGAAAAAUUACAUAGAAUACUGAUUCCACAAAAGUUUGUAAGAUUAAUUUCAAGCCAAAAGCCCAUAGAGCUUGUGAAAUAUAUAAAAAGCAAAACAUUAAAUAAACAGCGUGUAAUUGUAUUCAGCAAUCGAAAUAGUACCUCCUAUUGGAUUUCCAUAUUUUUAAACGAAUGCGGUGUCAAAGUUACAAAUUUAAAUGGCGAUAUGCCAUUACAUAUACGACGAGGAAAAUACGGGGAAUUCCUAAAUGGCAAAACAAUGGUGUUAUCUACAACGAACGGAGGAUCCCAAGGUUUAGAUACGAUAAUGGUUAAUCACAUUUUAAAUUAUGAUUUUCCCUUAGACACGUCCAGCUACAUACACAGAUGCGGUCGAGCUGGCAGAGUAGGUACUAUAGGCGUGUCCAGAGUAACGAAUUUUAUUUCCAAACCGAGCGAAAUCGUCGUAGUUCAAAAGAUUGAAAUGGCAGUUAGGAAAAUGAAACCAAUACCUGUGUUUAACCUUCUGGAUAGGAAAGACGAAGAGGAAGAAGAAACAGAAUACAAUUUUACAGAGGAAAUGAUCGAAGAUCUAGACGAAGUCGAAAAUAUUCCAUACUGAAAUUUAUAAAUUAUGAAUAAAAAAAAGACGUUUGCUUGUUAUAAAA